GCGGAAGUGGCGCUGCCGCGCGGCGCUUCCGGGGACAUGGCGGCUGGCGGCAGCCUCGGGCUCAGCCGCUCGGAGCGGAAGGCGGCAGCGCGCGCCGAGAUCCUGCAGCAGGAGGAGCAGCGGGACCGGCGGAGACAGGUGUCCCGCAUCUGGAGGAAGCCGCCGGCGGAGCGGAGCCCCGAGGAGUGCCAGGCGCUGAGCGAGAGCGAGGACAUCGUCAGGGAGCUGGAGCGGCGCCGCAAGCGGCGCGAGCGGCUGCGCCGGCGGCAGGAGGAGGUGUGCGACGAGCCAGAGGAGCUGCAGAGGAAGGUGACUGUGCUGGCUGCCGCCGUCCGCAGCGCCAGGCACCUCGUCAUCUACACGGGAGCUGGGAUCAGCACGGCAGCCUCCAUCCCCGACUACAGGGGCCCCAACGGCAUCUGGACGCUGCUGCAGAAGGGCAGGAGCAUCAGGGCUACUGAUCUGAGUGAGGCAGAGCCCACGCUCACCCACAUGAGCAUUGCCUGCCUACACAAGCACAACCUGGUACAGCACGUGGUGUCUCAGAACUGUGACGGGCUGCACCUGCGGAGCGGGUUACCCCGAGCAGCCAUCUCUGAGCUCCACGGGAACAUGUACAUCGAGGUCUGCACCUCCUGCACCCCCGACAGGGAGUACGUGCGAGUGUUCGACGUGACGGAGCGCACGGCCCUGCACAGGCACCUGACGGGCAGGGCCUGCCACAAGUGUGGGGCACAGCUGAGAGACACCAUCGUCCACUUUGGGGAGAAGGGGACAUUGAGGCAGCCCCUGAACUGGGAAGCAGCAACAGAAGCUGCAAGCAAAGCAGAUGUGAUUCUUUGUCUGGGUUCCAGCUUAAAGGUUUUGAAAAAAUACCCACGUCUUUGGUGCAUGAGCAAACCGCCCCCCCGCCGCCCGAAGCUCUACAUCGUGAACCUGCAGUGGACGCCGAAGGACGACUUGGCCGCCCUGAAGCUGCACGGCCGCUGCGACGAGGUGAUGCGGCUGCUGAUGGCGGAGCUGGGGCUGGAGAUCCCGCGCUACGACCGGGCACGGGACCCCAUCUUCGCGCUGGCGGAGCCGCUGCGCCCCGGGGAGGAGGGCACGCACUCGCGGAAGCCGGUGGCCCCGCCGCCGGGCGCCCAGGAGCCGGCGCGGGAGGAGGCGGAGGCGGCGCGGGAGGCGCGGGGCGGGCGGGCCGGGGGGUGGCUGGGCCGCGGCUGCGCCAAGGGCGGGCGGCGCAGGAAGCGGGACUGAGGCGGGGGCGG